GAGACUCUAAGCUCAACAUGAAGUCUUUCUUGCUGUCAGCCGCAGCGACGCUCGCCCUCAGCGCACCUGCCCUCGGUGUCGCAGUCUGGGGCCAAUGUGGUGGCAUUGGCUUCACCGGUAGCACUACUUGCGACGCAGGCAAUGCCUGCGUCUACCUUAACGAUUACUACUCACAGUGCCAGCCUAGCACCGCCACGACUACGGUCGAGUCUAGCACUGUUGCUUCGACGACGUCCACCGCCCCGUCGAGCAGUAACAGCAUCUGCUCCGGUAGCCGCACCAAGUUCAAGUUCUUCGGUGUCAGCGAGUCCGGUGGCGAGUUCGGUAACACGGUCAUCCCAGGUGCGCUCGGCACGGACUAUACCUGGCCCUCGCCCUCCAGCAUCGACUUCUUCGUGGGCAAUGGCUUCAACACUUUCCGCAUCCCGUUCCUCAUGGAACGCAUGAGCCCUCCCGCGACAGGGCUUACCGGCCCCUUCAAUCAGACCUACCUGAGCGGUCUCGAGACGAUUGUGAGCUACAUCACAGGCAAGGGAGCCUACGCGGCUAUAGACCCGCAUAACUACAUGAUUUACAACGGCCAGACGAUUAACGACACAAACGCCUUCCAGACUUGGUGGGCUAACCUCGCCACCGUCUUCAAAUCCAACCCAAACGUCAUCUUCGAUAUCCAGAACGAGCCGUACACUAUUACUGCACAGCAGGUCUUCGACCUGGAACAAGCUGCUGUGAACGGAAUCCGUGCCGCGGGUGCCACCUCGCAGCUCAUCUUAGUCGAGGGUACGAGCUACACCGGCGCUUGGACGUGGACGACCACCUCUGGUAACAGCGCCGUAUGGGGAGCAAUCCAGGAUCCCAACAACAACAUCGCGAUCGAGAUGCACCAGUACCUCGAUAGCGAUGGAUCUGGGACAAGUCCCACCUGUGUCUCCUCGACCAUCGGCGCCGAACGUCUCCAGGAUGCCACGCAGUGGCUGCAACAGAACAACCUCAAGGGUUUCCUAGGCGAGAUCGGUGCAGGCUCGAAUCCCACCUGCAUCACCGCCAUCCAGGGUGCCCUCUGCGAGAUGCAGCAGUCUGGUGUUUGGAUAGGCGCUCUCUGGUGGGCUGCUGGCCCGUGGUGGGGCACGUAUUUCCAAUCCAUCGAGCCCCCGAGCGGCGCUGCCAUUCCCUCGAUCCUCCCGCAGGCACUGGAACCCUUCCUGUGAGAGCCGUGCUGUCAGAAGGGCUGGUCGGGGCGUGGAGAUCGCGGCGGUGGGAUGUGUACAGGGUCCUGUUGUUCGUUCAUGGUUGCCGUACGAAUGUAACGAAUACGAUGUUGCUACCCUUUC